GCUAUCGCGCCAGAACCGGAGAAGAGGCAUUGGCCAGAGGCUCCUCAGUUCUGCAAUCUGCAGAGUAAACGUUUCUUUCAGUCUGACAAUAACAAGUUUUUCCUUUCGGGCAACUCCGUUUUUCUCUUUUUCCAUAUCUUCCUCACGAAGAAAACCCUAUUCGCAGUUCCCUGUCUGUUUCUCUUUUCUUCGUUGUUUAUUAGGUUUCCUUCUGUAAGCCCUAGAUGAGAGCAAUCUUCUAUGCAAGACUGAAUUCUUCCCGUGGGGUUAACAGCAUACAUCGACGAUGCACAAUUGGAAGAGAACGAAAGAGGAAUGAAAUCCGUGGCGUAUCCUCCAUUUUCUGUGGCUUAAAGAUGGUGAAAGUGUUCUUGAUAUUAACCUGUUCCAGACUCACAUAGAAUUCAUUUCUUCAGCAAGAGUUCUUAUGGAUUUGGAAUCUGCAACCUAUAUGCUAGAACAGCUUGGCAAGACGUUCACUGUGCUGGUAUCUCGACAGGAUGAUUUGGAGGACAUGGUACAGUGGAAGGAUAUUGAAGAACACUUACACAACCUUGAGAAAUCAUUGGAGAAAAUUUCUGAUGAAUUAGAAGACAAAGAGAAAGCAUUUCUUAAGAAGGAAUUGGAGACUCGUGCAUUCCUUGCAGAGAGAGAUGCAGUUGUUGCUGUGAAAGAACAAGCUUUGCUGGAUCGAGUGCAGGAGAUAAAGGAUGCUGCUGUUCUCACCAUUGUGGACACACAGAAUAGUUACAAGCUGACAUCUCAGGACCCUGGAAACAAGGGUAUCUUCUUGGGCUGUUCUGCUUUGGCCUCUUCUGGAGGAGGGAAUGGUGGAUGUCAGUUGAAGGAUGGAUUAUCCUCUCAGAGAAAAAAUUAUUCGGAUGGAGUUCCCAAAUUAGAUGCUGCUGAAGUUCGAGAGAGUUUUACCGUAGAUUCUAGUAGGCUUACAUCCUUGUCCCAAAUUGCAAGCCACUGCCAAUCUGACUUGUCUGGAUGUUUCAACAGUCUAGGAAGUCUAGCAAAUGACCAGAUGAUGACAUGUGAUGUUAAUGACAAUUUUGCUGGAUUGAGAAAAGUGAAUGCUGUCAUCCUUAAUUUGCCUCAACAUCCAGCUUUCCCAGUUUCUCCUACCAAAGUAAAGGUUGAACGUCCUGAUAAUGACUUAAUAAGUCCAGAAAGAGAUGGUAUUGAUAGCCAUGUUGGUGGAGCUCCAGAACUAAAUAUUGCUGAAGUUCCAAAGAGUGGACUUACAGAUUCUGGUGGACUCACGCUGUGUUCAAAGUAUGCUAGUGGUUGCCAAUAUCAUUUCUUGUCUGAAAAUUUCAAUAGACGAGAAGUUGAAGGAACUGAUUUUAUCUGCUCAGAUCAGAUGACUGGAUGUGAAGCCAAAGGUGAUUCUUUUGGACCUAAACAUGUCAGUAUUUACAAACAGAAUCUGCCCCAUUAUCCAACUUUGUCAACUUUUCCAACCAAAGUGAAGAUUGAAAAUUGUGAAAAUGACUCAAUACAUACAUUUGGAGAUGGCAAUGAUGGCUAUGUUGAUAGAGUUCAUGAACUUAAUGCUUCUGAAGUUCUAAUGACUGGAGUUUCAGUGGAUUCUGAUACAAUUCCUCAGCAUUCAAGAAAUACCUGGGCCUGUGAAUUUGGGGAAGGAAUGCAAGAAAAUGGCAAUAUUCAAUCAAAUCAGAUGAUUUCUUAUGAUGCUAAUGGUGAUCAUGUUGGAUCUGUGAAUGUGGAUGUCCUCUUUAAAAAACUUCCAACUUUUCCCAUCAAAGUGAAGGUUGAACAUUCUGAUAAUGGUCAAAUAAGUCAAUAUGGAUGUUCUAGUGGGCAUGGUGAUAAGGGUCUUAAGCCAGAUUCUGCUGAAGUGUCACAGGGUGGAAAUGGAAUUACAGUAGAUUCUAUGGUUACAUCUUGUUCUCAAAAUGUCAGUAAUUGCCAUUAUAAGGACUUUUCUGGUGAUUGCAGCAGGCCAGGAACUGCAGCAAAUGGCAGUACUUGCUUAAAUCAGAUGACUUCGUACGAAGGUAAAAGGGAUUUGGUUGGGCCGAGAGAAGUGGAUAUCAACCGUUAUAAUCUGCAACAACUUCCAAGUUUUCCUACAUUUCCUGUCAAAGUAAAGGUUGAAUAUUCUGGUAACGAGCUAACGAAUCCACACGAAGAAGGUAUUGACAACCAUGUUGAUGGAGAUCCAGAACUAAAUGCUUCUCCUUGUUCUCAAAAUGCCAGUGAAUGCCAGUAUGAUGGCUUUUCUGUAUACUGCAAAAGGCAAAGGAGUCAAGCAAUUGAGUGUACCUUCUCAAAUCAGUUGACAGCUCGUGAAGUUCAACUUGAUGCUAUUGGACUUAAAAAUGUUAAUGAAUGUGUUAAUAAUAUGCACCAAUUGCCAUCUUUGCCAACUUCUCAUGUCAAAGUAAAAGUUGAAGCCUCUGAUAAUGAUUUAGUGGAUCAAUGCCGAGAUAGUCCAAAUGGAUUUUUUGGCAUGGAUCCACGAGCAGCCAAGGUGAAAACUGAAAUCAAUGGUGUGGUCAGUACUGAUGACCUUGAUCAUAUGCUAUUGAAAGAUCGGCGCAAUAUGCUGCUGUCAAGGCCCUCUUUAGCAACAGUUGCAGGAGUAGAUAGAUUUGGCCUUUUGAAGGCUAUUUCUCCACGAGAGCCUGCUUUUCUUUUGGAGGACGGUGAUCAGCACAUUGUUGGGAACUUGAAGGAUGAUGGUUAUUCUGUUGAUGCACUAUCCUCAAUGGCUGGAAGUCAUUCUGAUGGCAUCAUUGAAACAAAAAAGUCUAAAUUUUUCUCAACUUCGAGGUUUGGUUCCUCAAGUGGUGCUAUUGCUGGAGUAUCUGGUGCAGUGCAUUUGGAUAUUCCAAAGGGCAUUAGAUGCGGAUUGAAUCUUUCACUUAAUAAUUUGCAUUUUGGUCAGGAAGGUGACAGAAAAUGCUCAUCUGAAACAACUUCAAAUGAGUAUAAAGCAUAUGGUGAUCAGGAUAUAGCUGUUAAUGCUAACAUUCAUUCUUCAUCCUCUUCAAGCUUUACUGGAAAAGUGAAGUUCGAGGUUAUGGAGAAUGGCUCGGCAGGCCCAUGCUCGGCUGCUUUAGGUACUGCUUCAAAUUGUAAUAUGCUUGCAGUGGAGGAUUAUCAAGAAGUUCCUCACGAUUCUUAUGAUGAUGAGUUAGACCAGAUGAUACUCCAAGACCGGAUCAAGUUGCUAAUAUCAAGAAAGAUUUCUAAGUCAGAUGGCUCCAGAAACUUGAAAUGUCCGCGGAAAGUUUUGCCAUCUAUUGUGGACCAUUUCCCAACAGUUUCAGAAAAUUCCGUACCUAGGAUCAUCAAGAAUCGCCGGAAAAGGAAAAAGAUUGCUACGGAUUCAGUGGCAACAGCAUUGGAGGAAGAUGCUCCUGGACUUCUGCAGGUGUUAGUUGAAAAAGGGAUAGCAGUGGAUGAAAUUAAACUUUAUGGGGGCAUGGAGGAAGAAAAUGUUCUUGAUGAUUCUUCCAAUGGGGACAACUUUGGAGAGCUUGAAGAUGUGAUCUCUAAGGUUUUUUCUCAGAGUUCUUCUUUAUUAAAGUUUGCUCUAGUUCGUUGCACAAAGGGAUUGAAAACCAGUUACUGCUUGGCUUGUUUAAUUUCACUUGUCGAGCAGACACGAUAUUUGCAGUUCCGGAAGUGGCCUGUUGAGUGGGGAUGGUGCCGAGACCUUCAGUCGUUUAUAUUUGUUUUUGCAAGGCAUAACAGAAUUGUUCUUGAGCGCCCUGAAUAUGGCUAUGCUACAUAUUUCUUUGAGUUGGUGGAUUCCUUACCCAUUGACUGGCAGAUUAAGCGGUUGGUGACAGCCAUGAAGCUUGUUAGCUGUAGCAGGAUAACCAUUAUCGAGAACAAACCGUUGUUGGUUGGUGAAGAUUUGACGGAGGGGGAAGCACGAGUGCUGGAAGAAUAUGGUUGGGCACCAAAUACUGGUCUAGGAUCUAUGCUCAACUAUUGCGACAGAGUUGUUCAUGACAGUAAGAAUGAGGACGGCUCAGAGUGGAGGUUAAAAAUUGGGAAGUUUCUGAUGGAUGGCUAUAAUGGUGGGACUAUUUUGUUGCCCAGACUCCCAAAGAAAGCCAUAGAGUACAACAGCACUCAAAGCCAACAGGUCAUGGAGUACAUGGACACCCAAAACCCCAUAGUUACAGAAUGCAAGGUUAGUCAGAAUCCACAAAUCAUUGAGUACAGGGGUAAUCAAAGCUCCCAUUUCAUAAAAUUCGAGGGUUCUCAAAGCCGAAACAUUAAGCUGGAGUUCUGUUGAGUGUGAGCUUGUAAAUAUUUAUAGCAGAUGAGACAAGUUGAAGACAAUCCAGUGUUAGAUUUUUUUUUUUUAAUUAAAUUUAAUUUAGUGUUAGAUUGAAGUGUAAUUUUUCUUCUAUUGUAGGUAAUAGUAGUUUCUAACUGUCAAAUUAUAAGAUGGUACUUUGUAUAUAAUAGGUUAUACUUGAAAAUGAUUAGCAAUACAUGCCUGUGUUUCUCA